AUGUUCAAUUCUGAUGACCUUCCCCGCGCGUCACUUGCUGUGCUCCCUACGACUGCACUCACUCCUCCUUUGCCGGCCUUACGUCCCCAAAUGCUCACCUGGCAACUACGCACAUUGUCCUCUGCCGCCCUCCGCGCCCGGACCCCUCCUCACGCCCCGUCGCUCGUCGUCUCGAUCUGGUCGCUGAAGCAGAACCAGGAGGCCGCGGCGAAGAAGAAGCCGAAGACGACCCCGGCUCAACUCCGCGUCCAGAAGGACCUCACCGAGCUCGACCUCCCGGACACGAUGAAGAUUGAGUUCCCGGACCCCGCCGACGUGCUCAACUUCAACCUCACUAUCAACCCCGACGAGGGCCAGUACAAGGGCGGUUCGUUCAAGUUCACCGUCGCCAUCAACCCCAACUACCCUCACGAGCCGCCCAAGGUCCGCUGCGUCCCGAAGGUAAGCUACAGCUUAGCGGCACGGGCUGACGAUAGAUCUACCACCCGAACCUCGACCUCGAGGGAAAUGUCUGCCUACUGGAAGCCGGUUCUGAACCUCUCGUCCGUGUGCUACGGAUUGCAGCUGCUCUUCCUCGCGCCCAACCCCGACGAUCCUCUGAACAAGGACGCUGCGGAGGACCUGCGCCGGGACCACGUCCAGUUCCAGAACAACGUGAAGCGGGCCAUGGGCGGCGGCUCCGUGGGCGGUGUCACGUUUGACAGGGUGUUGAUCAAGUAA